UUUCUUGCAAAAAGAAAAGGUAUUUCAAACAUCCAGAACCAUCAAUUUGCUCCUACAAACCCAGAGCAGAUUGCAAUCACUUUCUGGCAGACGAUCACUUUUUGGAACAACACCAGUUCACCACUUAUUUGCGCAAGAAUGGAGUGUAACAACGGUCAGCGAAACCCAUCAAUGAGGAAGCAGCCCAGUUCUCAGAGAGCCCAGACUGGGUCCCUACAGACCACAGAGUACUGCGAAAGGUUUAUUGAUCCACGCAGUUAUAAGACUCUGGCCUUCACAGCACCACAGGCAGACCCCUUCCAUCCACUGGCAGGCACAAAGUACAUGCCAAUGACCACUUUAAGGAAAAAAUAUAUCCACUGCAAACGGAUGAAAGUCCCACCAAAGGCCCCAACACCGUUUUUGCCACCAGAGGCCCGAAAGCCAUCUUCACCACCAGAGUCCCAAGAGACCCCAAUGCCAUCUUCGCCACCAGAGGACCCAGAGCCAUCUUGGUUGCCAGAGACCCCAGACUCAUCAGCGUCUCGAUUCAUCACCACUCACACAUCUGAUUUUGUGGUCCAUCCACUGCAGCCCAGGGAAAGCCCUUUGAAAAGACCUUGCGCUAUUUCCCAUAAUUUGAUAUAGAUGGCUUCCUUUCGGGGCGGCAGUGGCACAAUGGCACGUCCUUGGAGAGCCAUCCUGGAGGGUCACCAGUUUGAGGGUCACCAGUUUGAGGGUCACCGGUUCGAGGGUCACCGGUUCGAGUCCCCUGCUGGACCAAGUAAGCAAACUGGUAGCUGGUGAGCUGCCAGCUUGCCUCCAGAGCUGCCAAGGUGCACCUGAGCAAGGCACCAAACCCCCAACUGCUCUAUGGGCGCCGUAUAAUGGCUGCCCUGCACCCCCUCUGUAAUGCAUGUGUUGCAUAAAUUUCAAUUGGGUGUAACUUACUGCAUGCCACAUGACAAUAAAAGUUAUGUCACU